AUUUGAUUUACUUCUGGUGGAGAUUUAAAAUUUUUGAGGCGAAAUCAACUCAAGUGACCGCCUGCUUUCUCAGCUUGUUCUCUUCCAGUUUCUUGCGUAUCUACUCGAUUAAUACAAUGAUGAACAGUCGACAUCGUGAAAGGAAAUAUAACACCACUGAUAACGACCGUUUAUUAAGAGCAUUAUCGCAACCUGUGCAAGCAUGGGAUAAGAAAUGGACACAGCAUUCAGCAUCAAAAACUCUUCAAACAUACAAAUGGGUCAAAUCUGAACGUGUGAUCGAAUUUGAGCCGGAGGAAGAGAGUGGAGAUGAGGCAGUAGCACCAAUGGAAACGGAUCAACCCUCCUCUGAUGCCAAUGCAGAAGUCAAGGCUACGAAUAUCGAUACUGAUAAUGCGAAAAAAACAGAUAAUAUACCAGCAUCCCAACAGCGAAGCGUCACAAGCAGCACUACUCAGCAAAGCACAGUUACGACUAAUACUGUACCUGAGAAUAAAAAUGGCAGUAACACUAAUAGUAAUAAGAUACUGUCAAUAAAAGAUAAUUCUAUUCCCGGAGGUCCCAGCUCUUUGUUGACCAACAAAACUAUUUCAUCAGUUCAGCAACAGGAAGAUGUCAACGAUGACGAUGACGAUCAAAGAUCUCAGACGCCUAAGCUAAACGAUAUCUCUGAUACAGAUGCCGAUAAAGAUGAUAAUGACGAGGAUGAUAUAGAUAGUAUAAAUGAUCCAUCCAAGCAUCCUGCAUUGGCGCCUCAUGCAGAGGCACGUAUGACAGAUGACGAUAUGACAAUCGAUUCCGUUGCUGCUACACCGCAAGAUACAAGUACAACAGCGGAGAACACACCAAUGCCAGUAUUAGACGACGAUCAGCAGCAGGAGGAUGGAAGUAUGGAAGUAGAUCAUCAACAACCACAUCCUUUAAGCCAAGAAAUACUUGUUAAUGAGAAUAACGCGGUUUCCCAUACUAAUAAGGAUGCCUUUCAACAACAACAGUCUGAAUCUACUAAGGAAUAGUAGGAAUUAUAAUAUGUAAUAAAUUUUUCUAAUUUGAGUUCUUCCACUUUUUU